AUGGUCUUAAAAUUAUUUUCCGCGUUAUUUUUAGCAUUAAUAGUUUGGGGUAGGACUUUAAAUGUAGCAGCAGAAGAUGAUGAUGAAAUCGCUUGGUGGAAAACAUCAAAUUAUUAUCAAAUUUAUCCAAAAUCAUUCCAAGAUAGUACUGGUAAUGGUACAGGUGAUUUAGUUGGUAUUACAGAACGCUUGCCCUACUUAAAAGAAAUUGGCAUUGAUGCUACCUGGCUAUCACCUAUAUUCAAAUCACCAAUGGUUGAUAAUGGAUACGAUAUAUCUGACUUUAGAACUAUUGAUCCUAUGUUUGGAUCUCAAACUGAUUUCGACAAAUUGAUUGAAAAGGCAGAAAAACUUGGAAUUAAAAUUAUAUUAGAUUUCGUACCAAAUCAUAGUAGUGAUCAACAUGAUUGGUUCAAAAAAUCUGUUGAAAGAGAAGGAGGUUAUGAAAACUUUUAUGUAUGGCAUGACGGUAUACCAGACAAAAAUAACGAAAGUAAUCGAUUGCCUCCAAACAAUUGGAGAAGUGUUUUUGGUGGUAGUGCAUGGACAUGGAAUGAAAAAAGAAAACAAUUUUAUUACCAUCAAUUUUACAAAGAACAACCUGAUUUGAACUUCCGUAAUUCUGAAGUAAAGAAGGAAAUGGAGGCAGUACUAAUACAUUGGUUAAACAGAGGGGUCCAUGGCUUCCGAAUUGAUGCAGUUCCACAUAUUUUUGAAGACAAGGAUUUUCGCGAUGAACCAGUUAUUCCGAAUGUUGAUCCAGAGGACUACGCUUCCUUAGAUCACAUUUAUACAUAUGACCAAGACGAAACUUUUGAAAUAAUCUACGAAUGGCGCGACACGUUAGAUAAAUUCACGAAAUUAAAAGGCGGAGAUGAUAGAAUACUUUUAGCUGAAACAUAUUCACCAUUAGAAAAAAAAAUGAAAUAUUAUGGAGCUAAUGGAAAAAAAGGAGCUCAUUUUCCGUUUAACUUUCUUUUAUUGAAUUUAAACGAGAAUUCUACUGCUUCGGAAUAUGUUUCAUGUGUUUUACAAUGGACGGACGCCAUGCCAGAAGGCGAAACUGCAAAUUGGGUGCUCGGUAAUCAUGACAAGCCUCGUGUGGUUAAUAGAGUUGGUCGCGAUAAAGCAAAUUUGUUAAAUAUAUUUAUGUUGUCAUUGCCUGGGAUAACUGUCACUUAUUACGGUGAGGAGAUCGGUAUGGAAAAUAUCGAGUUACCUGAAUCGUACUAUAUUCAAGAUGUUCGUGAUGCUGAACGUUCACCAAUGCAAUGGAACGAUAAUGAAUCGGCUGGAUUUACAAAAAGUUUAAAACCAUGGUUGCCAGUUUCACCAGAUUUUAAAUACCGUAACGUCAAAAAACAACGUCAAAGGCCUUUGAGUAAUUUGAACCAAUUUAAAUUUAUGACCGAACUGCGUGCGAAAUAUAACUUUUUCGAUUCCGCAUUCCUUAUUGACGUUGAAAAUGAAUCUGUAGUUAAUGUAACCAGAGCUUCUCGAAUCGAACUAUUGUUUAAUGUUGGAACGACACCACAAGAAAUAGCACAAAACUAUCGGAAUCAUUCGAAAGUUUUAUUUGUAAAUGAACACUCCAAAAGAAGAAUUGGAGACGUAAUACCAGCAAAUCGGACUAUGCUGUAUCCAAAUGAAGUUUUAGUUCUGGAGAAACAUUAUUAAUAAGUAAAUUUGUUAUUAUCUUAUAGGAACAAAUUUUUUAAGUAAAG